AUGAAAGAUACGCUCGCAAAGCCAAAUGCGUCGGUACAAGUGAGUUAUACGGGAAAAGUGACAUACAUUGUUAAUUCUACAUCAGCCAAUAAUAAUGCAAGAACAGGCGUAUAUUUUAUACAAAAAUCCGAUGAGCAUUCGGCUAACAAGAAUAUAUCAGAAAAUGUAAGUCAGGAAAUGAAUUUUGAUGAACCUGCUUCAACGUCGUGCGGUUGUUUAAAAUGGAUUAAAUGCUAUUUUCGAAAAUGGAGUGGAAAGCGCGAGAAACGUCCGCCACGCGCGACUUGGGAAGAUCUUGCAUGGUCAUUUAUCGGAAGUAUUAUAAGUAUGGGUAUUGUGGCUGUUUUGCAUUAUCGAUUACUGCGACAGAAAAAUUUCAUUUUUCUAAUUGGAUCAUUUGGCGCUACAGCUGUUCUCUUAUUUGCUCAACCAAAAGCAGUUGUUUCACAGCCAAGAAAUAUGAUUGGCGGUCAGCUAAUAUGCGCCACAGUUGGUUGCAUUAUCCGUAUAUUACUAGUCGAACGAGAACAAUCAGUCGCUGCUGUGUUGGCUGUAUCAAUAUCUAUUGUUCUAAUGCAAUUUACAGAAACAUUACAUCCACCUGCUGGUGCGACGGCGUUAAUAGCAGUUAUCGGCAUUCACCCAAAGGAAUGGGCAGGAUUUGUGUUCAUUUUUAUCCCUGUACUUUCAGCUCAGUUGGUUAUGCUAUGUACAGCCUUAAUCAUUAACAAUAUAUCACCAAAUCGAUCGUAUCCAACGUUUUGGUGGUAA